UAAUAAAAGCAUUAAGGGGUUUUUGUAUAGUGAUUUUUUUUUUCAAGGAUCAACAUGAAGUCUGUGAUUUAACAUUGGGACUCGAGACCUCUUAUAAAUACAAAAUUCAUACAAAAGGAAAAAUUCCCCUAUUUUUCUAUGUGGAUGGUUUCAUCAGAAAAUUUACCAUCUUGAGUUCUCUCCUUAUAUAUUACUGGUUUCUUGAAAAAGCACUAGAACGUUCUCAUUGUGAAUAAGUGUUCCAGUUAGACCUAAACGACAAAAACCAUUUGCACUUGCCCCAAAUUUACACUGUUUAAAACAACUGCCAUAACAACCAACAAUGUCUCUUCGAUGCAAAGGGACACUUUGUUAUGAGGUUAUUUCGCUUCUCUAUUCUGGAAAAAACCACCGCACGUGGAAUGAAAAGUAAUUGCAAAGGGAGGGGACGGAGGAAGUAAAAAACAGGCAAAACCACAACCACUACCAUCACCACCACCACCAGCCAGAAAGCAAAGGUGAAAAAUUUGCGUACCCCGAAAACACUAAACAUUUCACAUCAGAACCCAGAACAAAUAAACCAGGGAAAGCAGAGUUAAGAGAAAAAAAAAUGGUGCAGGCUUGGGGACGGACUUACACUACAGCGGUCGCAAGAGGGAAAAGUACGUCUUUGCCUUUUCUUGGCACUCGAAAACUCAAGCUCGAACUGGGGGCAAAGGCCAGCGGCUGCGGUUCCACCGGCUAAGGCGCACACAUUCCCCGAGCUCAGACCGCACGCUGGCAAGGCCGAUGGGGCUGGGCGGCCUCCCUCCACCCCGUGGCAGUCGCCGACCCCUUUGUCUCCCCGUGGGGCUCCGAGGCCGCGCGCCCGGAAGCCCCCCGCAGGAGAGCCGCGCGCGAGAAGGCGGGUUCCCGUGCCCGCCGCAGCGGCCACAGCCCCAGUCAGGCAAUGCCGAGGCCGGUCGCUCGCCUCGCCGUCCCUCCCAACUUGCAGCUUGGACCCCGCGCGCGUCAGGGCUCGCCCCAGCUCUGCUUUCCUCUCUCCCCUCACCCCGCGAGGCCGACCUUGUGUUUGUUUUAUUUUUUGGGGCUCGGGAGAGUGCCGAGGGCUAUAAACAGCUGUGGUUUACCGCGCCGCUUAUUUUGGCAAAAAUUCCGGGCCUGUUGCAACGUUCCCCAGCGCCAAACAGCUCCCGCCUUCCCUCCCAGCGGAACCCGACACUCGAAGAGGGGCUUGCUCCUCCAGGGACCCCCGAUAAAAAAAGUGGGGACCACGGCCGGCUCUCGGGCGAGCCUUGGGGGGUGGGCGACCGGAAGCCGCCGAACCGGCCGGGCAGGGCUUGCUCUCCAACGGGAGCGGGAGAGGUGGGAGCGCCCGCGGGCUCAAGUCCCCCCGGCCGCCGCGCCGAGGCGGAGCUCGGGGACGAAGCAGAGGUCGUGGCGGACAGCCGGCGGGCUUGGGGGGGCGGUGGGCGGCGAUCCACCUGGGCGACGUGGCAGCUAUUGCCGGCGCCUCGAGACCCCUCCCCACCCGGCCGCCCACCCGCCCUCUCGCGGCGGGCUUCUGCGCGGCUGCUCUUCCCCGGCCGGACGGAGAGCGGCAGUGUCUCCCCGCCAGGCGCGCUCGCCGCGUCUUCCCCGCGGCCGCAGCUGCUUGCUAGCCCUGCGCGGCGCGGGAGAGCGCAGUGGCGCCGGCGGGAAAGGGUUGCGGACCUGCGGCGCCGCGUUGUGCGUUCGACGACGCGGCCCCGGCUUCGACGCCCUCUGCCCGCUCCAGAAACAGUUGAAAAUGCAAUGGAUUGUCUAUUAGAAUUAUCUGCCACUGAUACUAAGAUAGAAGAAUCAUCUUCACAAAGUUUCGUUGCUUCUGAGAACCAAGUAGGUGCAGCAGAAAGUGAAAUAAUGGAAAAACGUCCUGAAGAAGAGAGUGAAGAUUCAAAAAUGGAUUCAUUUUUGGACAUGCAGCUAACUGAAGACCUGGAUUCCUUAAUACAGAAUGCUUUUGAGAAAUUGAACUCUUCUCCCGAUGACCAAGUAUACUCAUUUUUGCCUUCACAAGAUGUUAAUAGUUUUAAUGACUCGAGUGAGUUUAUAAAUCCUGAUUCAAGUAAUAUGACUCCCAUUUUUUCUACACAAAAUAUGAAUUCGAACAGUGAAAAUUUAGAGAAUUCUGGUUCUACUUUAAGUUUAAACCCAUUACCUUCACAUUCAGUUUUGAAUGAGUCCAAGUGUUUUAUAAAGGAUAACACAUUGGCUUUGGAAAGUAACUACCCAGAAGAUUCUCUUCUCAGUACUUUAAAUGUAGCAAGUGACUCCAUCGUGGGUUGUAGCAGUCUCAAUCAAAAACAGAAAGAACUUUUAGAAUCUGAGUGCGCUGAGGCUCAAUUCUCCGAAGCUCCUGUAGAUUUGGAUGCCAGUGAACCUCAGGCUUGUUUAAACCUUCCAGGGCUUGAUUUACCAGGUACGGGUGGGGAUCAGAAAUCUACUCGGGUCUCUGAUGUGUUUCUGCCUUCCGAAGGGUUCAACUUCAAGCCACACAAACAUCCUGAACUGCCAACUAAGGGGAAGGAUGUGAGUUACUGCCCAGUACUUGCUCCUCUCCCCUUACUGUUGCCUCCUCCGCCACCUCCACCAAUGUGGAAUCCAAUGAUUCCUGCUUUUGACCUCUUCCAAGGAAACCAUGGCUUUGUAGCUCCUGUUGUAACCACAGCUGCACACUGGAGAUCUGUCAACUACACAUUUCCACCCUCAGUUAUUUCUCACACUUCCCCAACAAAAGUAUGGAGAAAUAAAGAUGGAACAAGUGCUUAUCAAGUACAAGAAACUCCAGUUUCUCAGGUUGUAAGAAAGAAGACAUCUUACAUUGGACUAGUUCUUGUUCUUCUCAGAGGUCUUCCGGGAUCUGGAAAAUCUCUUUUGGCAAGGACUUUGCAAGAGGAUAAUCCAAGUGGAGUCAUUCUUAGUACUGAUGAUUAUUUUUAUAUAAAUGGACAAUACCAGUUUGAUGUAAAGUACUUAGGAGAAGCACAUGAAUGGAACCAGAAUCGUGCAAAAGAAGCAUUUGAGAAGAAGAUAUCUCCUAUAAUUAUAGAUAAUACAAACCUACAGGCAUGGGAAAUGAAACCAUAUGUUGUUUUGUCUCAGAAACACAAAUAUAAAGUCCUUUUUCGGGAACCAGACACAUGGUGGAAGUUUAAACCAAAGGAACUUGCAAGGCGUAACAUUCAUGGGAUAAGCAAAGAAAAAAUAACAAGAAUGUUGGAACAUUAUCAGCGUUUUGUUUCAGUGCCAAUAAUUAUGAGUUCUUCGGUUCCAGAGAAAAUUGAACGUAUUGAGUUGUGUGCAUAUUCUUGUGAGGAUAGAAGCACUAGCCCAAGAGACAAUGAAGAUAUUCUCUCUGAAAAAGAAGAAAAUAUUUUAUCUUCAUCUUUGAAGCAUCUAGAGUUCAUUGAAGAGAAGAAUCUUGACAUAACCAAAGAAACAAUGUUACCUGAGAAUGUUACGUAUCUCUCUAAUGCAGAUUUAAACAAAAGAAGAAAAGAAAUAAGUGAUAUGAGUCCUAGCAUUCAAAGUGCUUUAAUUCUGGAAACUCCACAUAUGUAUUUUUCUGACUCUGAAAGCAAACUCCAAGCAACAGACAAAAGUGAAGAAGAGCAAAUAGAAAUGGUGGCUGUAAAAGGGUAUAGUAAAACUGACACAGAUAGUUCUAUGGAGAGAGUAUCACCUGUUACUUGCUGUAGUGAAAAUCAUCAAGAAGACUGUGAUCUUGCAAAUACUGGACCACUUCAGAAUGAAAAAUCCUCACCUGGUGAAAUAGUGGAAGAAAAAGCAACAGUAAAGAAAAAAGCCUUUGGGAAACAAAAAAGCAAAUCGACUUUGGAAAAGUUCCCAAGACAUGAGCUAUCAAAUUUUGUUGGUGACUGGCCAGUUGAUAAGACUAUUGGUCAGAGGACAAAAAGGAACAGAAAAACUGAAAAAACUUCAUCUGUACAAAGUGACAAAAAGUAUAAUUACCCUCAGUCACGCAAAUUAGUUAACAGUGUAUCUGUGAAUAUAGAUUGUGUCCAGCAACGAGGAUCUCCACAUGAAAGUGUAGAGGAUGGCACAAAGUCACAAUGUGAUGAUGCUUCAGAGCCACUCGAUAGCUAUAAAUACGAUGCUUAUAAAAAUAUUGAAAAAAACUCAUUCAACAUUGUGGGUGACUGGCCUUCAUCUGAUUCUUUAGCUCAGAGGGAACACAGAUCAAGAAUGCCAAAGACUGGCUUAAGUGAGCCCAACCUAGAAAUUGGAACAAAUGACAAAAUGAAUGAAAUACCCUUAUCUACAGCACAUGAGGCCUGUUGGGACACAAGCUCUCAAAAACUAAAGACAUUGGGUAGCUCCAAUCUAGGAAGUUCUGAAAUGCUACUCAGUGAAAUGACCUGUGAGAGUCAGACUUGUCUAAGUAAAAAGAGUCUUGGGCAACACACAUCAUUGCCUCUUACUUUUAACAAUAGUGCACCAACUGUUUCUGGAGUAGUAGAACCACAAAUGUUAGUUGAAUGUCAAGAGCAAAUGCCUAAGAGAGACCCUGGAAAAGAAAUGGGCAUGUGCACCCAGACUGAACCACAGGAUUUUGCUCUUUUAUGGAAAAUAGAAAAGAAUAAAAUUAGCAUUUCAGAUUCUAUCAAAGUAUUAACAGGAAGAUUAGAUGGAUUUAAGCCAAAAGUUUUCAAUAUUAACACAAAAUCAGAUGUUCAAGAAGCAAUUCCAUAUAGAGUAAUGUAUGAUAAAAGCACAUUUGUUGAAGAAAGUGAGCUUACCAGUGCAGAUGAAUCUGAAAAUCUUAACAUUCUUUGUAAACUGUUUGGAUCCUUUUCAUUAGAAGCCCUGAAAGACUUAUAUGAAAGGUGUAAUAAAGAUAUUAUUUGGGCCACAAGCCUUUUGUUGGAUUCUGAAACUAAGUUAUGUGAGGAUACAGAGUUUGAGAAUUUCCAAAAAUCGUGUGAUGGAUCACAAAUUGGGCCUUUUUCUCUGGGGUUGAAUUUGAAAGAAAUGAUUAGCCAAAGAGGAACUUUAGAGAAUUGUAAUUCUCCUGUGCCAGAGUUUAGCCAUGGGAUUGGUAUUAGUAACGCUAACUCACAGUCUACUUGUGAUGCAGAAAGAGGAAACUCAGAGCAGGCAGAAAUGAGAGCUGUCACUCCAGAAAACCAUGAAUCAAUGACAAGUAUAUUUCCCAGUGCUGCUGUGGGUCUAAAGAAUAAUAACGACAUACUUCCUAACAGCCAGGAAGAACUUUUAUAUAGCAGUAAGCAGUCCUUUCCAGGUAUUCUGAAAGCUACUACUCCUAAAGAUAUGAGUGAAACAGAAAAAAACCUAGUAGUCACAGAGACUGGAGACAACAUACAUUCUCCUUCACAUUUCUCUGAUAUUUUUGACUUUGUAUCUAGUACUUCAAAUCUUGAAUUAAAUGAAGAAAUUUAUUUUACUGAUUCUCUUGAAAUAAAGAGAAAUGAAAAUUUUCCAAAGGAUUAUGUGAAAUUUUCAGAUGAAGAAGAAUUUAUGAAUGAAGAUGAGAAGGAAAUGAAGGAAAUUCUAAUGGCAGGAAGUAGUUUAUCAGCUGGAGUUAGUGGGGAAGAUAAAACCGAGAUAUUGAAUCCCACUCCAGCGAUGGCCAAAUCUCUGACCAUAGACUGUCUGGAAUUGGCAUUACCCCCUGAACUGGCUUUUCAACUUAAUGAAUUAUUUGGUCCUGUUGGUAUUGAUUCAGGGUCUCUAACAGUUGAAGAUUGUGUGGUUCAUAUAGAUCUGAAUCUGGCGAAAGUGAUUCAUGAGAAAUGGAAAGAAUCUGUAAUGGAGCGACAAAGACAAGAAGAGGUGUCUUGUGGCAAGUUUAUGCAAGAUCCUUCCUUUGUUGGACAUACCGGGCUUGAUAAUCCCGAACAAAAAUCAUCUCAGAAAACAGGCAAAAAAUUACUGAAGACUUUAACAGCAUCUGAAAUGCUACCUUUAUUGGAUCAUUGGAAUACUCAAACUAAAAAAGUAUCACUCAGAGAAAUAAUGUCAGAAGAAAUUGCCUUACAGGAAAAACAUAAUUUGAAAAGGGAGACCCUUAUGUUUGAAAAAGAUUGUGCCACUAAACUAAAGGAGAAGCAGCUCUUUAAGAUAUUUCCAGCCAUUAACCAAAAUUUUCUGGUGGACAUUUUCAAGGACCACAACUAUUCAUUAGAACACACAGUGCAAUUUCUUAACUGUGUUCUUGAAGGGGACCCUGUAAAAACAGUUGUAGCCCAAGAGUUUCUUCACCAAAAUGAGAAUGUCACAUCUCAUACUGGCCAGAAGUCUAAAGAGAAAAAGCCAAAGAAAUUAAAAGAGACUGAAGAAACACCAAGCGAACUGUCUUUCCAGGACUUUGAGUACCCAGACUAUGAUGACUACAGAGCAGAGGCUUUCCUUCACCAACAGAAGAGGAUGGAGUGCUACAGCAAGGCCAAAGAAGCUUAUCGGAUAGGGAAAAAAAAUGUCGCCACCUUUUAUGCCCAGCAGGGUACUCUUCAUGAGCAGAAGAUGAAAGAAGCCAAUCACCUUGCUGCCAUAGAGAUCUUUGAGAAAGUCAAUGCCUCGCUGCUGCCACAGAAUGUUUUAGACCUCCAUGGGCUGCAUGUGGAUGAAGCUCUAGAACAUUUGAUGAGAGUUUUAGAGAAGAAGACUGAAGAAUUUAAGCAGAAUGGUGGGAAGCCCUAUUUGUCUGUGAUUACGGGGAGAGGAAACCACAGCCAGGGAGGAGUUGCUCGCAUCAAACCAGCUGUCAUUAAGUACCUCAUAAGCCAUAGCUUCAGGUUCUCUGAAAUUAAACCAGGGUGCUUGAAAGUCAUGCUAAAGUAAAAUAAACGUCCUUGUAUGAAGGUUUGUAGGUUAAAAUUACUUUUAUUUGCAGUAAUUCAGUCAAUUCUACCCUAAAGAUGUGUUUUAUUAUAAAUAAUAUUCAGUUAUGAAACAAAAAAAUUAUGAUGUUUUUUGAAAUCCAAGUGAGGUUUGAUUUUUUUAACUGAAUCAAAUGCAAGUGUUACCUGUUAAAGAUAUUACAGAGAAAUUUUAUUGAUUACAAAAUAUGUAAGAAAAUUAUCAGCUACAGUUUUAAAGUUUAAAAUGCUCUGGUUGUUUCUCAGAAAAGGUUACCUUUGUAUUAAUUGUUGUGUGACAUUUAGUAAUGUCCUAAAAGUCUUUUGUGAGAGGUAUUUAAAGUGCUUUGAGACCUGAUUCAUGCCCCUCAAAGGGUAGUAUUAAAAGAAGAAAAAGGACAUAGUAGUGGGUAGUAAAGAAAAAAAGGAGAUCUAACAAAAACACUUGAAUAUUUUUUAUUUUCAAAACUAAACACAUAAAAUGCUUUUAUCUUGCCAUAUCCUACAGGAAGGAAGACAUGCUUUUGCCCUUUCUUCUGCUUUGUAUAUGACCUUGAUCUUUUACCUUUUGUUCUGUUCUUCUGUGUGCAUUUUAUGGAAAGAAAGUUGGGUCUGAGAUUAUAUUGUAAUUUUAUACUUUCUAUAGACAGGUUUUCAGAGAAAAAGAAAUGGUUAAAUAUCUUCCAGAUGUUGCUGUCUUAUUGAAAUGCUUCUAGAACUGUCUGUAUAAGUGGUAUUUCAGACAGUACUAAAUACUUAUAUUUAAUUUUUGAGGCAUGUAAUUUUAAAACUGCAGUAGGUUAAAAUUCUAUUAAACAAAUAUAGAAAAUAUUUUGGUUAUAAUUGGCCUGGUGUGGUGGCCCACGCCUGUAAUCCCAGCACUUUGGUAGGCCGAGGUAGGUGGAUCACCUGAGGUCAGGAGUUCGAGACCAGCCUGGCCAACAUGGUGAAACCCCGUCUCUAUUAAAAAUACAAAAAUUAGCUGGGUGUGGUGGCGUGUGCCUGUAAUCCCAGCUAUUUGGGAGUCUGAGGCAGGAGAACUGCUUGAACCUGGGAGGCGGAGGUUGUAGUGACCCAAGAUCGAGAUCACACCACUGCUCUCAGCCUGGGUGACAGAGCAAGACUCCAUCUCCAAAAAAAUAUAUAUAUAUAUUUUGGUUAUAAUCAUAAGAGGAAUCCUUACAAUUUAAAAUAUUUUCACUUUUAUUUUGAAAAAGAGCCAACUUUCUCAAAGGAAGCUUUCAUUAACUUCUGUUGUUUGGUUACCUCAUAAAUUCUGUUAGUAUGCAAGUUAAACCUGUGUAAAGGAGGUUGUAAUGUGGUAACGUAUAAUUUUCCAAUAUGAGACAAUGACUUAAAUUUGCCUUUGGAGAUGGAGAAUAUUUUCAACAUAUAUACUUUUAACAAACAGUUUUCUUGCUUUUUGUUAAGCUUAAAAAAAAAAUUUGGAUCUGAAAUUACAGGAUUGAGCUGGUACCAAAAGAAUCCUAAAGUUCAGAAUGGUUUUCCAAAAGAGCAGACAUUUCAAUGAAGAUAAAACCCCAAAACAUUUUUUUAUACAUCAUGACUGGAUGCUUUUAAAAUAAGGAGGCUUAUCAUUGAAUUUUAGUUCCGCAAAAAUGAAAAUACCUGUUUAUUAUUUAGAAAUGGUUAGUGACUGGUAUUGAAGUGUUAUUCACACUUAUGUUUGUAAUAAUUUAUUUAAAGAAUACCAACAGUUUAGCACACUUGUAAUCUCUAGAACAGUUCUAAUCAUUAAAAAUAAAGCAGUUCCUUUAAACAACUUACUAUAAAACUAUAAUUGUUAAUGAAAUAAGAUAUUCCUAUGUAUAAAUUAGUAUGAUUUAAGAGUAUGAAAAACAGUGCUAAAAUGUGGAGUUAUUGGAAUGUGUGCAGCUGCAUACUCACUUUCUGUGUUUUUACAUUUCCUUACCUAGUUUUAAAAAUCAUCACUUUUGGGCACUUCAGCUAGACUUAUUUCAAUAUUAUAAUUAUGAUUAAUGAAAGAGCAGUCAGAAGUAGAGGUGUGGUAUUCUAUGGGCAGAAGUCAAAUGAAAAAAGCUAUAUUGUUUACUUGUUGUUUACUAUAUCAAUGUUAAUAUUAUACCUUAUUUUGAUAAAUAGUGUAUCUUAAUCAUUGUUGAUAAAUAUACAGGCAAAGUUUGAGCAUCAUAUGUAUUUUUAUGAAGCUGCUUAAUUCCAAAUUGCCUCCCACCCCACUAUCUAGCAUAGUUUAAGCAACACAUAAUUUUGAAAGAAAAGUUUAUAAUCCCUCCUUUCUUUUUUUUGCGCAUUUCUAAAUCCUGUAUGCCUGCAGUAAAGAUAGUUUGGGGAUUAUUAAAGUUUUCUCUAUUACCCAUGUCUAAAUCCUGUAUGUCAAAGAUAGUUUGGAGAUUAUAAAAAUUUUCAUGUAUUGGUGUAGGUUGAGUAUCCCUGAUGAGAAAAUUCAAAAUCUGAAACUUUUCGAGCACAGACAUGAUGCUCAAAGAAAAUACUCAUGGAGCAUUUUACAUUUGUAGGUUAGCGAUGCUUAACAAGUAAAUAUAAUGCACGUGUUCUAAAAUCUCCCCCCAAACCCCAGCAAUCCAAAACACUUCUGGUCCUAAGCAUUUUAAGUAGGGGGUACUCACUCAACCUGUAUAUUUGUGCUAAUACAUAACUCAUUAGAAUGAUUCUUUUUAAACUUAAUAUUUUAAAAGUACAGCACUUCUGUAGUUUGGAAGGUUUCAGUAAUAAUUAUUCAUUCAGUAGUCUCUUACCAUUAUCUGCUAGAUGGAGGAAGAGAACUAAUGUGGAAAGCCCAGAGGGUGUCCAGUUGGACCAGGGAGACAUUAGACACUUAACAGUAUUUUCAGUCUGUCCAUCUCUUUAUUCCAAUGUGAGAAAUGGAAGUAUUUUUUUUUUACAUUUAUUGGCUCUUCAUAUUUCUCUACAUUAUUUUUAAGUUGCAGUUUCUUCAAUUUGUUAGUAUUUCCUUACUAUUUGCGAUUUUAUGGCCUUUAAAUAUAGGACAUAUUAUAUAGUAGAAAUUUUGACUUUAAAGCAUCUUGAGUAGUAUAUUUUGAGAAGAAAAGCUAUACUACUCUUCUGGAUGUUUUCCAUCCUUUAUUUAGGUCUUUUCUUUUUGAAUUCAAGUGUUUUGUAUGCUUAGAAAGUGGACAUGUAUAAUAGCGAGAUUGGUUAUUUCUGAGCUGGAAAUUGGAAACUUUCGAAACUCAGGAAAUUGCUCUGACAAUGUUUUAACUGCUCUCAAUUUAAGAAAAUGACUAAAUGUAUAAAAAAGACAAAAAUAACGUGUGCUGUUUUUUCCAAGUGCUUUUUCUAAGUGCUUUUCCAUUGUGCAAUGAGGUGAAGUUUGGUAAUUUUUCUGGGUAGUAGUUAAAUAUUGUUCAUUUUUAUUUACAUGUAAAGAAAACAGAUUUAAAUGUUUAUGUGGCCAAAAAGUGUCAUUUAAAAGGUAAAAUAAGUUUAUGUAGAAUGUAUGUUCAUGGUGCUUAUUUUUAAAAUGUAAUUCAAGUUUACAGUAUUACUUAAUGCUUCUUUACAGAAUUUAAUAGAGAAACAAGGCUAGAACACAUCUACAUCCUGAAGAGCCGUUUAUAACUUCAUAUUAUAUGAUGACAAAGUUCAUUAUUUUCCUUAAAGUUGAGCAAUUGACUUUUAUGGUCCAAUGAUGAACUUAUUAUUAAUAAAUGAUUGAAUUAACUGUGAGGCUUCUCAUUAAAAUACAAUAUUGCAGCUAUCAGUUGGAGAAUAUAUUAUAAAAUUUUCAGACAGUAUAUCAGAAAAAUGUUUUUAUUUGUACUGUAAAGAAAACGUAAUUUUGCUGUUAACUCUGUACUUUUUAAAUUGAAAAUGUUUUAUAAAUUUGCUUUUAAAUUUUCUUAUGAAGCCAUUUGCAAAUUACAUACUUAAUUUAAUAAAAUACUUUAGCCACAGUCCAGUGUGAGGAAAUCCUUCAUUUGAUGUAUUAGGGUUAGUGGUUUAAAUAUUUUAAAAUAUUUUUAUGUGUAACUUUGUAAUUUCAGGGGGAAAGUGUCAUAAUAAUUUUAUUUCUGUACCACAACUUUUCUUCUAGUUUAAGUUUUCUGUAGCAAAUAAGAGUCUACUUUUGAACCAGAUAAAUGGAUUAGCUAUGGUUUCUCUCCUCACACCCUGUAUCUUUUGACUGACAUCAAAAUUAAGAAUUAUAUCUCUUAGAGGCCGGGCGCGGUGGCUCAUGCUUGUAAUCCUAGCACUUUGGGAGGCUGAGACGGGCAGGUUCCUUGAGGUCAGGAGUUUGAGACCAGCCUGGCCAACAUGGUGAAACUCUGUCUGUACAAAAAGUACAAAAAAUUAGCCAGGCGUGGUGGCACACACCUGUAAUCCCAGGCACAAGAAUUGCUUGAGCCUGGGAGGUGGAGGUUGCCGUGAGGCGAGAUUGUGCCACUGAGCUCCAGCCUGGGCAACAGAGUGAGACCAUCUCAAAAAAAAAAAAAAAAAGAAUCUCUUAGAGACUCAAGUAAUGCUUUAAAUAAUAUUAAUGACCUUUGGACUUCAUAUUCGAGUCCAAAGCAGAAUUCACUCAUUUUGCAAGGACUUAAAAAUAUUUAUCUAACAAAUAUUUAGAGCACUUGUUACUGGGGUUACAGUGUAAAUGCGAUAGAGCUUUUAUCCAGAGUUAUAAUUAUCCUUAUCAACUACUAUGUAUAUAGUGACUUAUACUAUGGGAUACUCUCAUAUCUGUUAUAUUUUAAAUCUCAAGAGAAUUUUAUUACAUAGGUAGUGCUAUCCCAAUUUAAUGAAUAAAGCCACAUAGACUUAGAGAAGUUAACUGGUUUGCUGUUUAAUGUCAGAGGUAUAACUUGAACCACAUUCUCUGACUCCUAACAUGGAGCAGCUGCAUUUGUCCUAAGAGAGAAUAGUUACUUAUAAAGAGAUAAUGUUCUACUGUUCUCUCCAGAGAGUUGUGGCUCCACAGUAUACGUCUUUGAAAACCUGCCAUUUAUGAUUCUGCCUUCUUCCUUUAUAUGAAAGCUGGUACUUUGGAAAAACCCAAAAUACUAAUGGCAAAAGACAAAAGUUUAUUUCUUUCUUCCUAUAAAAUCCCAGGGAUAAAAAUUCCAGGACUCCUGGGAAUCUUCUUUUACUUGACGCUUUUGGGAAUCUAGGAAAGUUCAUCGUUCUGCCAUACCCAAGAUAAUGGCCCUCAUUUUCCUAGGCCAGGGUGGGUGGCUGCAUCUCUAACUGUCACAUCUGUAUUCUGCUGGAGGAAAGACAAAGAAAAAGGCAAAAGGCAAGUGCCAGUGGUCUUAAAGAUGGUUUUGGGAAGCUGCCGUAGGACACUUCUACUUAUGUCCUAUUGGCCAGAACCUAAUCAUGUCAUAUCUAGCUGCAAGGGAGGCUGGGAAAUUUUCUAUUUCAGACUGCCAUGUUCUGCCGAAAUUUGGUAUUCUCUUGGAGGAAAGAGAAUGGAUAUUAGGAGAAUGAAUAGCAGUCUCUGCCACUUCAUUUUUUAUCAUUAUAUGCAAAUAAUGUGAAAAUUAGUUCUUGAUACAUUGAUGACUUUUGAGUGUUAGGAAUCAAAAAAAGGUAAUCACAGUUUUUUUUUGUUUUUUUUUUUAGAUGGAUUCUCACUCUGUCACCCAGGCUGGAGUGCAGUGGUGCAGUCUCCUGAGUAGCUGUGAUUACAGGCACCCACCACCAUGCCUGGCUCAUUUUUGUAUUUUUAGUAGAGACAGGGUUUCACCGUGUUGGCCAGGCUGGUCUCGAAUUCAUGACCUUAGGUGAUCCACCUGCCUCAGCCUCCCAAAGUGCUGGGAUUACAGGUGUGAACAAUCACACCUGGCCAGGGAAUUUUAUUUGGGGAGGAUUGCUGUAUAUGAUCCUGUUCUAGCCUUAAGUAGGAAAAAACUAAAUGACACGGACUAGCUUAAUAAGUGCUAAUGGCAGGAAGUACGUUAGUCAAAACAUGUUUUUGGCAUUGCUACAUUAGCCCGCCCUAUUUAAUAUAGGAUAUAUGUACAGAUGGUCCCCCACUUAGGAUGGUUUGACUUAUUUUUCGAUUUUGUGAUGGUGUGAAUGCCAUAUGCGUUUAGUAGAAACCAUCCUUCAAAGCUUGAAUGUUGAUUUUUCUUGUGCUGGUGAUGGGCUAGUGAUGUGCGGUGCAGUACUCUCCUGUGAUGUUGGGCAGUGGCAGCGAGCUGCAGCUCCUAGUCAGCCACGCUAACGUUAACUUUCCUAAGCACAUUUAAGGUAGGCUAGGCUAAGCUAUGAUGUUCAGUAGCUUAGGGGUAUUGGAUGCAUUUUCCACUUAAAAUAUUUUCAACUUACAGUGAGUUUAUUACAUAAGUGACCCCAUUGUAAGUUGAGGAACAUCUUUAUUUCACAUGCAUUUCUUAGCUAGAAAACUCAGACUGACCCCCUAACUGGGAGAGUUGGGGAAACAAAAGAUUCUGGAUGAAAAUACUAAACACAACACUAAAAACACUGCAUAGUUGAUAAAGGGGCUUAGGUCAGAAAUCUAAGUGAGAAUAUUAGAGGCACUUUUGCAAAAGGUGCCUCUGCUCCUGACUCAUGUUAAGUUUUAGUUUUCAGUUUUGGGGUGGAGGGACAGAUGACAAAGGACAGCAGACUUAAAGACUAAGACACUCCAUAAAGCUAACACCCCACAGAGCUUUAUCCUCCGUGGGAAUGGGGAUGAAUAAAACAAUUUUGCCCGCCUUCCCACCCCCAGAAGGACUGCAAGGAAUAUUGUCUUGGCAUGAGCAGAAGAGACCAAAAAAUAAAUCAGUCCUGACAAGUUAAAAUCACUACUGGCCCUCACAGAAUAACAGCCCGCAGUCAUAACACCUAGAGUAGUCAAAAAAAUGACAAGUCGAAAAUUGAACUGGUAGAGGUCUUGGCCUGAUAAUGCCGCCACUAGCUGCCUGACAAAGGCAAACGCAAAUUUUCUCAGAGAGCAUGCACCCUCAUCUUGGAGAAUGAGAUCCGAUCAAGGCUGUAGAUCCAACAACCAAUUGAUAGGGAGUACAGAGGACAGAGGAAUAUGUGAGACAUCACCAUCGGGAUGCAGUUACCAGGAUAGACUGUGGGAAACUGACAACACGAUUUCUUUAAAUAAGUUGAAGAUAAAACCACACAGGUGGAGGGAGAACUUACCCAUUGAAACAAAAGAGGCAUGUACCAGUUGCAAUUUGUGGACCUUUUUUGGGUACUGGUUCAGCAGAAAAACUUGACAAUCACACGACAGUUGGCAAUAUGAACAUUGACUCGAUAAUUAAAGAACGAUUUUUUUUAGGAAUGACGUGGUUGUAUUUUUAAAAGGAUCUCUAUUUUUAAGAAAGAGAUACAUGCUGAAAUAUGUAUGUAAAAUGAUACGAUGUUAGCAAUUUACUUCAAAAUAAGAUGGAGGAAGUGGGUGUGGAUACUUCGGAAACAAGAUUGCCCAUAAGUUUGUAAAUGGGAACAAGAAAGAUAUUUAUUAUACUAGAAUGUCUACUUUUGAAUAUAUUCAAAGCUCUAUAAAGAAGGAUUUUUAAAAAGUUGGUGGAAGAGCUGGAGAAGUGGAUUCUAGACCUGGCUCUGGGGAUGAAUUCCAGAAUGCUGCAGAAUUAACCUGCAUAGUAGCUGCUACCUCUGCCGUAAUUUAAAGGUGAGGAAUCAGGCCACCAUGGCACUGCUGCCACAGCUGUCUCUUAACUGUUCUCAAAGCUAGUGACUAGGCACCAGAAAAGUGUUGUAGAAAAAGUCUCCAUCAUUUGCCUUUUGAGCAGAAUGAGCCGUACCAGUGGGUAGAUGGCCUCCUCCUUACUUAUGCCUCCCAAAUCUCACUGGAAUGUAUCUAAUUGGUAGAAGCUAUUGUAUUCUAAUAUAUAUAGAAUUUUACCUUCAUAAAAGAUCUGGGAAAUGUUGUUUUAAACUUUACGGAAAGGCUCAUUAGAAGUAGAGCUGGGGCUGGGUGUGGUGGCUUAUGCCUGUAAUCCCAACACUUUGGGGGGCCAAGGCAGGCAGAUCACUUGAGGUCAGGAGUUCAAAACCAGCCUGGCCAACAUAGUGAAACCCUGUCUCUACUAAAAAUACAAAAUUAGCAGGUGUAGUGGCACGUGCCUGUAAUCUCAGCUACUCAGGAGGCAGAAGUAGGAGACUUGCUUGAAACCAGGAGGUAGAAGUUGCAGUGAGCCAAGAUAGCACCACUGCAUUCCAGCCUGGGUGACAGAGCAAGACUCUGUCUCAAAAAAGAAGUAGAGCUGGAGGAUGAGUAUCAAAUGUUCAUAUUUGCUACAUCGAUGAUACUUGUCCAACCAGGUGUAGAAAUAAAAUGGCUUGACAUAUUAGUCACAAAAGCAUUGCACGUCAACUGGGAUAUUUAGAGGUAUGCCAGGGAGUACCCCAAGUCCAGGAUAAGCUUAGGAUAUAUUUCAGGAGCAUUGGUUUUACUCAAUGGCAAAUAAUACACAUUAUUAUUUAAUGGAGCUUAUUGGUGUAUGUAUUAGGGUUCUCCAGAAUGAAUAGGAGAUAGGGGAUUUAUCAGGAGAAUUGGCUCCUGUAAUUUUGGAGGCUGAGAAGUUCCACUCCAGGCCAUCUGCAAGCAAGAGAACCAGGGAAGCCAGUAGCAUGGCCCAGUACAAGUCUGAAGGCCUCAGAGCCAGGGAAGCUGAUGGUAUCUUUCAGUCCAAGUGUGAAGUUCUCAAAAUCCAGGGGGAGAGGACCCCGUAUGGGCCUCUCCAAAGGCUGCUUGAGUGUCCUUACAACAUGGUGGCUGGUUUCCCCAGAACAGGUAAUCCAAGUGAGCAAAACAGAAACUGCAGUACCUUUUAUGACUUAGUAUUGGAAGUUUUUUGCAGUUAUCUGCCAAAUUCUGUUUGUUAGAACCAAGCCAUUAAAUUCAGCUAACUUGGAAGCACAGGAGAAUUAGCUCUGCCUUUUGAAGGAUACAAUGUCAAAGGAUUUGUGUACGUAUUUGGAAGCCAUUAUGUUUACUAUGAACUAGGCACCACUAGGUACUUUGCAGAUGUACCCAGUAUAAUCAUAACCACCCACUGGGGUAGGUAUUGUUGCCCACGUGGCAGACAUUGUUGUCCUACCCAACAGAUAUUCUAUUACAGCUCUCAUUGUUCAGGCAUCUGGUGGCAGUGUGCUCAGCGAAGAUCAACCCCUCUGUAGCUCCCGCAGGUGAAUUUUGAUUGGUGGAAAAGCCAAUCAUGGCAAUGCCAUUUCCCCUUGCCAGUGAUUAGUUGAAGGAUGGUUAUAGGAUCAUACCAACAAGAACUCUGCUAGAAUGGUUCUAGGAAAGGUUUUCCUCACGAAUACAGAGAAACAUAGGAAGAAAUGCAUUCUUGUUCAGCAAGACCUUGUGUCUGUAUGUGAUGUCUGGAAUUGCAGUUGCCUUGUUGAAACCAUGAAGAGACAAACUUAAGGCCCAAGCCACUGUGCUAAGGAUGGUGCAUGUAGAGAAGAAAAACCCUCUGUUCUUGAUGAUGUCAUUGAGCCCCUGAAUUAACUAACCCUGGAACUGACCUUUAGUGGCCUUGUUAUGAGAGACAAUAAGCUACCUUUGUUUGGGUUUUGUAUUACACCUGGAAGCAUCCUAAUGAUUUGAUAUACCCCAUUUUACAGACUAGGAAACAUGUUCAGAGAGAUUAUAGAAUUUCCGAAAACUUUCCCGGCUAAUAAUAGCAGAGCCAGGUUUCAGACUGAGAUGUCUGUGUUCUAAGCACCUGGUCUUUUAUCAGUUAAGUGACUUUUCUCCAGCGAUUCUCAGGAAUCAGAGAGGAGAAACAGAGACAUCAGUUGGUUUCAGCAGAGGUAGUGAUUGGCGGACAGGUAUGGGAAGGGGUCAGUAUGGGAAGGGGUCAGUGUGGGAAGGAAAGGAGAUGAAAUUCACGAUGCUGUAUGUGUAAGGUUGAAAAGCUUGACUGUGAGAUACAGGCUGGUAAGGAGUCAAGUGGAAUCCAGAGGGGGCUGAUAGACUGGAAUAGUGGAGGGGAGCAGUGAAGGUAUAGUUGAGGAAGGAACAGAUUCAGAAAGUUUGAGGGGGAGGGAAAGUGGAAGGAGGUUGUAGGAAGAGAGAGAACUUCAGAGUUCAGGAUAUUAGGAUGUGGGUAUUUGUUCCUAAGGUAGUUUGAUUUGUGGCUGAGCAUGGAGAUGAUGGUAGUCGGAGUGGAAAAGGUCACAGAAUUGAUACCAAAUUUCUGGAUCAUCCACUUUGUGUACCUAUUACCUGGAAAAGUGACAGGCAGUGCAGUAGAGAGGAAGAUUGAAAGCCAGUCUGCUAGAAGUCUGGGUGAAAUAAAAAUGUUUUCUUUAUUUGCGUGGUCUCCAUUCUUCACACAGAUAGGAUCUGACUCAAUACAGACCCAUGUUGAAGAAAGAAUUAUAAGGAUUAUUCUGUUUUAAUCUGCUGCUUUGCCAAGACUGGAGAGACGAGAUAGAUAAGGUCACUGGGAGGGUCUGAAAGGAGAGAGUCAUGAGAAAUGGAGUUUCCUAGGUCUUUCUGAAACAGUUCUUUGCAGCGGGACCUCACUGUUUUGUUUGAAGUUGCUUCUUGCCUAUUUAAUCCAUCUGAAUUUAUGAAAGCCAACAAAAUAGGCUUACACAUUACCCAUUAUUUCAGAUUAUUGUGGUUUCCCUAUUUAUUUAAACAAUUACAGGCAACUCUGCUGAUCUCUUUGCUGAGAUUCUGAAGACUCUGGUGAUCUCUGCUGAGCUGUAGAGUAAGAAGAGCUCACUGUCUUCUUAAGCUCUGGGCUACGUUUUUCUUUUCAUUGUUCUGUCCUUUCUUAGAUAAAAUUAAUUUUUUCUUUCAAAAAUAAUUUUUGGCAGUGGGUUACAUAGGAAUUUAUUUUUAAAGUACCUUAUUAAUUUUAUGUUACCUUCAUGGAAUCAUUAGCUAGGAUAUCUGAAUAUAGUUUCUUCCUUGUCUGUUAUAUUUCUUGGUUCCUGUCCUUAGAGUUGUGUUAAUAGUUUUAGGUCGUAUUCCUGUGAUUUUAUUGUAAGCUAACUCAAAUCUUUUUUUGGAAAUAGGAUAAAAAUCAAUCUGUACUUUUUUUUUGACUUGCUCUGUCACCCAGGCUGGAGUGCAGUGGCGCAAUCACAGCCCAGCGCAACCUCUGCUUCCUGGGCUCAAGCAAUCCUUGUGCCUCAGUCUCCCGAGUAGCUAGAACUACAGGUGUGCGGCACCAUGUCUGGCGAAUUUUUGUAUUUAUGGUAGAGAUGGGGUUUUGCCAUGUUGGCCAGGCUGGUCUUGAACUGGCCUCAAGUGAUCCACCUGCUUCGGUCUCCCAAAGUGCUGGGAUUACAGGUGUGAGCCACUCUCUCUACUUUUAAGAGAAAAAGAAGGUGCAAAAGGGUACUCACAGUAUGAUCCAUCAGUGUGUUUUUUAAAAGGAUAUGUGUAGAUAGAUCCACUGAUAUACUAUACAUCUCUCUCUAUGUACAUAUGUGUGUGUGUGUAUAUGUAUAUAUAAAUGCAAACCCACACAUAGAGUGAAUAGAAUAGAUUCUGGGCCCCUUAUGACUCAGUUUCAGAGGAUGUCAUGUUCAGAAGUCAGUAUUCCUCAAAGAACUUACAGGAAACAUUUGUGUUUUAUAUAGCACAAGUUGAAAUUAGUUUUCCCUUCAUAUUCUUUCUGUCUCCCACUGUCAUAUUCUGUAGAUACCCCAAAGCCUCUGUCUCUAUAUUUCUUCCUCUCCUCCUUUCACCAAAACCCUCCCUGACGUCUCUACCACUGCUAGGCCUUAUCUGUCUCCCUUCCCAUUUUCUUUCAAUUUUCUUCUGCCUAGUGAAUAGUUCUGGGCCUUUUGUAUAUAAAUCUCUCAUCUCAGCUUCCUUGGUUCUGCUCAUAGAACACACCUCCCUCUCAUUUAUUUUAUCUACACAAUAAGACAAUGGAAGGUGGGGGUGUAGCCAGUGGGAAAUGGUCAGGAUGCAAAUAUUGGAAUUUUUUCUUUGUUAGUAGGCAGGAGAAAGGAAGCUACAAAUACCCCCCACAGUAAUAGGUUUUUUCCCUGUUUCACAUGAAGAAUUUCUGAAGGAUUCUGUAAGAAACUGUGAACAGCAGGUUAUCUUGUGGGAUAGGCCUGUGGGGUCAGAGGUAGGAGAAUUAGAUUUUGCCUUCAUUGUCUGAACUGUUUUUGUUUUAAAACUAUAUAUAUAUUGCUAUUAGAAAGCCAUUAAAAAAUAGAGAUAAUUGGCUGGGCGCGGUGGCUUACGUCUGUAAUCCCAGCACUUUGGGAGGCCGAGGCUGGUGGAUCACCUGAGGUCGGGAGUUCAAGACCAGCCUGACCAACAUGGAGAAACUCUGUCUCUACUAAAAACACAAAAUUAGCCGGGCGUGGUGGUGCCCACCUGUAAUCCCAGCUACUUGGGAGGUUGAGGCAGGAGAAUUGCUUCAACCCAGGAGGCGGAGGUUGUGGUGAGCCGAGAUCGCACCAUUGCACUCCAGCCUGGGCAACAACAGUGAAACUCCAUCUAAAAAAAAAAAAAAAAAAGAAAAUUAAUAGAUGUACUUUCUUUUUAUUUUAAAAUUUUGUGGGUACAUAGUAGGUGUAUACAUUUAUGGGGUACAUGAGAUAUUUUUGAUACAUGCAUGCAAUGCAUAUUAAUCACAUCAGGGUAAAUGGGAUAUGCAUCCCCUCAAGCAUUUAUCCUUUGUUUGUGUUACAAACAAUUCAGUUGUUUAUAGUUAUUUUAAAAUGUACACUAAAUUAUUAUUGACUGUAGUCACCCUUUUAUGCUAUUAAAUACUAGAUCUUAUUCAUUCUAACUAUACUUUUACAUUUUGAAACAUAGUGCAAAUGUCAUACUUGAUAUUAGAGUGAAUUAUUCAGUGUACAAAUUAUAUGUAUUUUAAUAUGUUUCUCUUUAGGCUGCCUUCUAGUACCAAAUGUUAUAAUCAGAUAAUUGACCUGGUGUUUGUGAUGAUCUGAUAUUAUCAGGAAAAGCAUUAAUCUGCCUUUUUAAACUCUUAAAUUGAUACAACUGCUGGAAGAAGGGAGGACAGAUCCAAGAGAUCUAAUUUGUGAAUAAUUGGAGUUCCAGAGUGAAAUACAAGAGAAAAGCCAGAUUUAAUAGAAGUAAAUUUCCUGAGCCGAAUAAAGCCUUAUAUUUGCAGGUUGAAAGUGUUCACUAAAUUCUAGGCAGGAUUGAUGAGAAAAGGCAUACACCUAAACAUACUCUGGCAGAAUUCCUGAAUCUCAAAGUUAAAUAGAAAAAUAAUAUAAGAUUCCAGACAGAAAGAAGUUAUUUGCAAUGGGAAAAGAACUGGACUGGUAUCAGACAGUGGAAUCAUAUGUAUACCUGUUAAGAGAAAAGGAAAGUAACCCAAGAAGUCUCUUUCCAGCCAAGCAUCAUUCACCUGCCACAGUGAAAGAGAUGCAGAAAGGAUUCCAAGAAUCUAUCAUCUGCAUAUCCCCAUCUGAAGAAAGUGAAAAGAGGACUGUAACUAAAUAACAAAUUAAUGAGAAUAGAGACUUCAAGAAAUGAGAAGGUAAAGUAGAAAGUGAAAAUGAUGAGUGAACAAUAAGCCUUGUAAUAUACAUGAGUAUGUAUGUUAAAGUACUUGGAUGAUGAUGAAAUGACUGAAAAUGUGUACUAUAUGUGUUAAAUAAAGACUCUUAAGAUAAA